GCAAACGAAAAAUGUAAUGCGCCUUUUGUAAGUUUGACAAGAGUGAACAUAAAAUAACCAGAAACACCUGCAGAUAAGAACUGAUGUUUCUUCUGUAGGUAUUUAUGGGUAGGGAGUAGACAAAUAUAUGAGGAGAAAGAGCGAGGACUUCCUCAGACCAUCAAUACACAAUGGAGAAGAAAGGUGAAGGAACCUUUUCCAUUAUACUGCUGGCUUUAAUACAAGGUAUUCUGGCCUCUGGUGCUGUGGAGGUCCAUCCCUCCAUCAACCCAGCUAAAGUUGGGGACACUGUGAAUCUGUCUCUGUCUCCUUCAGUGGUUAUGAAAAGUGGAAACUGGGCAGUAGGAGAUUCUGUCAUCCUCAGCUGGGUGGGGGACCAGCAGGCAGUUUUCCCCAGUCACAACGGCAGGGCAUCAGUCAACGUCGUCACUGGAGCUCUCACUCUGAGCUCCGUCACUGUGGCUGACUCAGGAGUCUACGUAGUGCAGAGCACUGACCCCCAGCUUAAGGCUAAUGUUUCCAUCACUGUUCUGGAGACCGUUUCAAAUGUGACGAUAAGGGUGAGUCCACAAACAAACCUGAUGGAGUUCAACGGUUCAGCAGUCCUCACGUGUGCUGUCUCCUCUGGAUCCUCUCUCUCUUUCCUGUGGAUGAACGACAGUGCUGUGGUUACAGCCAGUGACAGAGUUCAGCUCAGUGAUGGAAACUCCACUCUCACUAUACUCAAUGUGACUCGCUAUGACCAAGGGCCAUUCACAUGUCACGCGUUCAACCUUGUCAGUAAUGGCACCAGUGAUCCAGUCAACUUUACUAUCACCUAUGGUCCAGAUAACAUGGCCCUAACAGUGAAUGGACAGAACACGACCUCCUUUUCACCUGGAUCCAAUCUGACUAUGCUCUGUUCAGCACAGUCCAAUCCUCCAGCUGUGCUUCAGUGGGUUGUCAGAGGAGCGCUUGUGAACACUACAGGUCCAUUGUUGGAGCUGAUCAGUGUGAGCAAGGAGCAAAGUGGUCCAUACUCCUGUCUGGCCUUUAACAAUCACACCAACAUGAACAGCAGUAUCACCACAAACAUCGUGAUAGGAGACUUGUCAUCGGGAUCUGAACAACAGGAACUGAGGUUUCCAACCAAAAAGAAGCUGAAGAGUGAAAUGGAGCCUCCAGUGAUGUUUGUCCUUAUUCUGGCCAUGAUGACCUUAGCUCCGGCAUAUAGCCAGAGUAUAUAUGCCUCUGAGAACCCUUUACCAGUGGGCAGCAACGUCACACUUUUCAGCCAGACCAGCGUCACUUUAGGAGCAUGGAUGUUUAACGAUAUCAUUGUGAUGAUAACACCAACAGUUAAUAUCAUAACUGACGCUUGGAGAAACAGGGUUACAUUCAAUUCAACCACUUCAUCGCUGACUAUAAGAUCAGUGCAGGUGGAAGACUCUGGAUUAUACACUUUACAGGCUUUGAAUUCUUUCACUGCUCGGUUAAGAUUGUCAGUCCAAGAUCCUGUUUCAAAUGUGACUCUGAGGGCAAAUGCAACCAGCCUUGUGGAGUACAAUGACACAGCAGUUCUCAUGUGCUCUGUGUCCAAUGGGUCGUCCCUGACUUAUGUUUGGCUGAAUGACAGCUCUGUAGUCACAGACGGUGUGGGAGUACAGCUCAGCGAUGAAGGCGCCACCCUCACCUUGAUUGGAGUAACCCGCUAUGAUGAGGGGCCGUUCAGGUGCAAUGUGUCCAACGGGAUCAGCCAUGAAACCAGUCUACCUGUACAUCUGAACAUAAGCUUUGGUCCGAGUAACACAUCAAUGGUGAUCAUGCCUAUGAAGCACAUCUACAGUACGGGAUCAAACAUCACACUGUCAUGCUCAGCGGAGUCCAGCCCUCCAGCGAUGAUCCAGUGGAUGGUUAAUGGGGUUUACCUAAAUGAGUUUACCCAACAGCUUAAACUGGAGAUGGUUACAGAGAGCAACUCAGGGAAUUAUAAAUGCUUAUUCCGCAACACAGUCACAUCCAGGUUCACCAGCACAAGUGCAAUGAUCAGGAUUUUGGGGCCUAUCGCAGCAGUUGUGGUGAAUCAUACAGGUGGACCAGCAGAAGUCCAUUAUCCGUUCACGCUGCGUUGUGAAGUAACUGGAACUGUUGUCUACAUUAAGUGGUGGAAGAAUGGUCAACUUAUUUCCACUGACAAUACAACAACGUUUUCCAUGGACAACAAGACCUUGAAUCUUAACCCAGUCCAACAUUCAGAUAAUGGAGAUUAUCAGUGUCAGGCUUUUAACUAUGUAAGCAAUAUGACAAGCCGCCCUUACACAGUUCAAGUAAAUUAUGGCCCAAUGACACCGGUGAUCACGGGGCCGUCCAUGGCUCUGACAGGAACACAGCAGAUCCUGAACUGCUCAAGCGACUCUCAUCCUCCCAGCCACAUCAGCUGGUACUUCAAUGACACCCUGUUGGCUACCACCUCACAGUUAGCGCUUGGACCUCUAACCUUAAAUAUGAGUGGGAAAUACAUCUGCAUGGCUGUCAACAAUGUAACCGGAAAAAACAGCUCUGCCUACACGAUGCUCACUGUUUUAGAUCCAGUGACCACGGCAUCCAUAAAAAUUGUUGGAGCUCAGCCAAUCCUGAACCACACUUUCACUCUUACCUGUGAGACAGGUGGAGGGGUCGAGUUAAUUAGCUGGAUGUAUAAUUGGUCCAGCCUGUAUGCCAACGAUACAAGAAACCUCUCAAUGGACAACACUGUCCUCACCUUUGAUCCUGUCAUGUUCUCUGAUAAUGGGCCCUAUCAGUGUGUAGCGUCCAACCCACUCAGCCAUGUGGCCAGUAACAUCUUCAUGCUGGAUGUUUUUUAUGGACCCAAGAUGCCAAUGAUCACAGGUCCAAAAAUGGCAAAGGCAGGCGACAACGUCACACUCAGCUGCUCCGCAUCAUCAAACCCUCUCAGUGUCUACAAAUGGUUCUUCAAUGAUUCUCUUGUGGCAAAUACGUCUGAGUAUGUUACACCUCCUCUUACAAUGAGCAUGAGUGGGAUGUACACCUGUGUGGCCUUCAACAACAUCACCGGCAAAAACAGCACUGCGUACACAAUGCUCGCUGUUGAUCCGAUAGUGGAUGCACAAAUAGUAGCACCAAUGAUUCCUGCCAUAGAAGGUCAGUUUUAUAACCUAACAUGCAAUGUGACUGGACCUGCUGAGCAUGUUUACUGGAUGAAAAACAGUGAGCCACUGCAAGAAGACAAUACAACUGCUUUCUACAUGGAUAACAGGACAGUCACCUUCAACCCACUACAACGCAAUAAUACUGGCAGCUACGAGUGUACGGCUAUUAAUACUGUUUGGAAGAUGAGCAGCCCUCCUCAUGAGCUCAUUGUGAACUUUGGACCAUUAACACCGGUCAUUGACGGGCCAGCUUUUGCGGAGACAGGACGGACUGCAGUCUUCAGCUGUUCUGCUAUGUCGAUGCCUCCCAGUCAGUUCAGCUGGUGGUUCAAUGGCUCCGAGGUGGCCAAUACUUCAGUGUUCACAACUGACCCUUUGUCUGUUAAUAUGAGUGGAGAAUACGCCUGUAUGGCCUACAAUUAUUUGACAGGGAUGAACAGCACAAGCUCUAAGAUGCUCACAAUUAUUGAGGCAAUAGAGUCAGUGAUGAUCAGCAACAGCACCAUUCCAAUAAACAAUGAGAACUUAACUCUAACUUGUGAAAUCACUGGGCCCUAUGAGGAGAUGUACUGGAUGAAGGACGAUGGCAUGUUCUACCACGCUGGAAAUAUCACUCUGAACUUCAUUCCAGUGACUACAGACGAUGACGGGACAUAUCAGUGUUUCGCCUCUAAUAAAGCUGGUCUACAUCCAAGCCCUAAAUACAUUCUCCGAGUGAACUAUGGCCCUCUGAGUGUGAAUAUCAGUGGUUCAGAUUCAGCUAAAGUUGGUGUCCCCGUGACGAUGACAUGCUCUGCUGAAUCUCAGCCAGACUGUGACUUUAACUGGUUCCAUAACUAUCAGUCAUCACCUGUAAUGGCUGGCUCUGUUUUAACUUUCCUUGCGACAAAAGAGAAAGAGGGGAAAUACACAUGUAUGGCGAGGAACCCCGUGACCAAUAUCACAAUGUAUGCGACUACAGCCUUUGCUCUCGAUCACGCCUCCGCCCUCCACAUCCCAUCCCAAGCUGGUCUGAUGUUGAUGGGUCUGUUUGCUUUGUCCGUCACUGUACUUUUCAAUUGAAACCUCCGCACUGGAGAACUUGAGUUAGACUGAAAGUCCUCUUGCUCCCUCUACAGUCUGAUGCCAUGUUAUUGUAGAGAAGAAUGUGGAAGUGAUAUUUCCUUUUGUUAAAUUUAUUUUCAUGUAUGUACAAUGCAGAAUCAUGACAUUCAAACCGAGUGGCAGUGAAAAGGCAAAUAUUUUAAAUAUUUUUACUAUUGCAUAGCCUAUUUGUUCCGUUUUGAUAUUAAAUUAUUGUUAUCAUUAGAAUUAUGGUGGUUGUUUCUGCCCUUGAGGAUGUAAAGUCCUUCAAUGCACUUGGAUAGUUUGACAAGGGAAACAAUACAAGUGUAUUCUGAGAAACAACC